AUGGAUAAGCAAUUGUGUGAAAAAUUCGAUAAUGUAUGGGAGGAUUUUCUCAAUAGAUUGACUGCUGAUGGAAAGUAUCAAUUUAAAGAUAAAACUUUUUUAAAUAGUUAUUGUGAUGUUGAUAAAUGUGAUAGUGAUAUCGAAAAAAUUAAUGCCGGAUUUUUUUAUUUGCUUAAUCAAUUUUUUGGGAGUUCUGUGUUAUCGCAUUAUGGGAAAAAUAAUAUAAAUAUUGUUGAUUAUAUUAUCCUAUGGUUAAGUUAUAUGUUAACCCUAAAGGAAAAUCCACUUAAAAAUGGUAUGAAAUAUUUUUAUACCACAUUUAUAAAUAGUAAUGCAAAAUAUAAAAUGACUGUAGAGAAUGUUGAAGAUUGUCAUACUUUUAAGGAUAUUAUAGAAAAAAGACACAAUUUGAUGAAUGAUGACAUGGAUAAAAAUAGUAUAUCUACAUUGCAUGAUGCAUUUAAAUUAUUAUGUAAAAUGUAUACUGAUUUUAAUGAAGACACAUCAAAUUGCAAAAAAUGUUCGGAAAAUGCUAAAAAAUUUGUUGAAAAAUAUAAAAAACUUAAUGGAGAUCCUAAUAAUACUAAUGGCAGUUCAUAUAAUAAAAUGUUGUCUACUUUAUCAACUGAUUAUAAUAAAUUAAAAGAUAAAUGUAACAAUACUUUACCCUUUCCAUCGAUAGAAACAAUACAAAAUUCUGAACUAACUUCUGCACAAACUUCUGAAGUUGCAUCAUCAAGUUCGUCGAUAUCAAAGAACAUAUUUACAGUUUUAUCGAUAUUUGGUGCAAUAGCAUUUUUUUUAGGAAUUUCUUAUAAGUAUUCGUUAUUUGGAUUUCGGAAACGAUUUCAAAAACAAUAUUUAAGACAAAAAAUAAAAAAAAUAAAGAAGAAAAUGAAUCAUUAA